UGCUUCAGACGCGGAGCGGAAGUAGCAUACCGUACAUAGGAAUAGAAGAAGAAUCGCCCGGGAGUUUUGCCGCUUUGCCGUCAUUUUUCUUGUUUUGCUCAAUCGAGCUGCACGUCUGCCGAGCACGUCUGAGGUUUUGGUUUCGAAUCCCGGCUCCGGAUGCGGAGUUGCAAUCCGCUGCUUGCCGAACGUCACGUGACCAACCGGGAAAACGGGAUCGCUGACAUCCUGUGUUCGCCAACGUUGACGCGUCACCUGGCGGUCCCGCUGUGUACUGCGGCCAUGGAGUCCACAGCGAGCCGAUUCGCUCACUUGCAGCAGCCCAUCCGGGAGCUCUCCAAGAACUGGGACAUCGACUUGGCGGCCGAGCUCAACGACUACCUGGAGGAGCUGGACGAGCUGUGCCUGACGUUCGACGAAGGCAAAACCAAACUGAACUUUGCCGAGGCGGCGUUGCUCAUCCAAGGUUCUGCUUGCAUAUACAGCAAGAAGGUGGAGAUGCUGCACAACCUGGUCUACCAAACGCUGGACUACAUACGAGACCGCAACAAGAAGCAAAGCAAACAAGCGGCGCCGGGCGACAACGCGGGCAGAGCGGCGGCGCACCCUGACGACGACGACGAUUCGUUUUGCGAAGUGGACAUAGAAACAGCCGAGUGGGUGGACAGGCCCGAAUCCAACGUGCUGGUGGACGUGGCCCCCCUCCCUCCAGUCUCUCUGAUUCCUCCUGAAAGUCGAGACAAGAACAAGUUUCUUCUCAUCAGUGCCAAAGGUGACGUGGUGUGCAGCCAAAAAGACUUUCGCAUGAAUAUUUUCCUGCCGGGACAUCAGGACUUCAUCCUCCUCACGCCGCCCUCCAUCACCGGCACGCCUUUCCGGCACACCGGCCAUGUUGCCGGCGCGACUGGCGGUUACGACAUCACGGCGCGCGGCCACGAGCAGAGCUUCCUUCCUGCGGACAGCGCCGUGGAAGCGGACCAGGAAGUCGACGAGCACAUCGAGAGGCAGCAGGCUCCGAGCCACGGCCGCCAGAGUCGACAACUGCGGCAGAUCGUCCCUGAGGAGGGGGCGCCCCCCGCUCAGGACGUGUGGGCGCUUCACGACCAGUACGCCACAGCGGAGGACGACGACAAACCUUUUGAGUCAGGAAAGCCCUACAAGGUUCCCGGCGGUCUGGACGACAACGGCAAGAGGAAGCGGGCGGCCGCGCGGCCCCAGCGGGAGGACUUCAGGACCUGGUUCAAAGAAACAUAUGAUCCUGCUGAACGCAAGCUCAGAAAAGGACCCGUCUGCGUCGACCUCAACUACAUUUAUCGGAGUAGCCUCAAAAGCAAGCUGGGAAACCUGAAGAGAAUGAACAACAAACAAUUUGGAGUUCACAAAGAGGUUUCGGACGAAGACUUGGUGAGGAGCCUUCUGGAGCCAGAGGAACAGGAAAGGCCCCGGGAGCGGACGGACGGACUCGGGGAGCGUGACCGUCUGGGUAAUACGCGCACAUACACACAAAUGCACACACGGAUUAAGCGCGCGUGUGUGGAUGCAGAUGACGGCAACCGGGAGCAGGAAACGUUCGAGGCGGGAGAUGGCGGCACGUCUCCGGAAGCCGAGCAUCUGAGUUACGAGGACCUGGUGAAGCUGCACGUGGAGGAGAUGGUGCAGAGGUGCCGCGAAUAUACGCAGGAGAUGGCGUUGUCUCGCCGCGUGCAAGAGUGGGAGGACCGCAUCCGCCCAAAGCUUCUCGUGGAGGAGCGGCGCCCGCCGUUCGACAUCAGCGAGUACGGCGACAAGAUCGUGUCUGCGUUGGUCGCCGUGGGCCGGCGCCGUGACUUUGCGUCCGUGGUGCGCGGCGAGGACAACGUUGAAGUCUGCAAGUUGCUGCUGGCGUCUUUGCAGCUGGCCAACGACGGCACGGUGGCCAUCGACAGCGCGCCGGGUCUGGAGGAGAGCGUGGACUCGAUGGGCUUGACGCUCCUCAGCAGGGUCCGAGCUGCCGACAGGUUCAAAAACCUCCCUGCUCUUCCUUCGCCUGAUGAUGAGGAUUAGAAGUUAAGGAUAUUGAUUAAAAGUUCAUGCUGUUGAUGAUUAAAAUGAAUGCCUGAAGUCCUGCCUAAAUGUAUUUUGCACCGGCGUGGAACACGAACUGCUACGUGAACACUUUCAUCCGUUCUGCCGCGUGGUUGCCAAGUCUACAAAAUAGAAAAGACAUUGACGAGUUCGUUCGGUUGUGGUUAUGAUGUCACGAGGUAUUGCCUUGACUCCUUUUGUAUAUGUUUAUAUACUAGUGGUAUGAACGGAUUCAAUGGGUUCACUUGACAAAACGAAUCAUCAUUUUCACAUCUGAAUGGGAAAAAAAAAAAAAAGUACUCAUUUCAUUUUGACAAGCGCUGCCAGGCUUUUGUUUGCUUCUGCCGCCGUUUUGACUUCACAUGCGCCACCGUUCACGGAGUCGUAUUCUCCCCCGAGACUCUAAUCUGCGCGGAACGAGACGUCCUAUUGCCGCGCGGAUGUUCAUGGAAGACUGCGACGGUGGCGGAUGAAUUGGAGAAAGUUACGCAAGAUUAAUUCGACACAUCGUGAUUGAUGACAACUAGCCAGCUAAUGCUAACUAGCGGCUAAGAUAACCUAGUAAAAGCUGAAAGCAGAUGUCCGUAGCUAACAUGGAUUUCCUCAUUUUACGGCACCGUGUCCGGCGCAAAACAGACCACGGCCACGAUGCAGCGAGGGAUCCUGCUUCAAGUCAGCCAUUUUCAACUAAAAAGAACCAUUUUGCAAAAAGGGGCAUCAGCUGUCUUCUCUGGUGUUGUGACCAAAUCUGCGCGCACAAAAAAAGAACUGCAGGGAGCCACAGAUAGUUUUCAAAGUCAAAUUAGAUUUUUCAUUUGUUGGACAAUUGACGUCUUUAUUUUGGAAUAGUACAAGGAGUAACACGUCAAUUGUGAUUCGCUCGUCAUUCUUGUCAAUGUGGACAGCGAACGCGAUAGCGAAUUUACACGGCGAGUCCGAGCCAAAUUUCACCCAUAAAAUAUGUACACCUACACCUGAUGCUUAUUGCACAUUAUCUUCUUAAUGAACCGAUUCUGAACACAUUUAUAAUUUUUCUGAAAUAUGGUACCUUUCCAUAAAAUUCCCAUGAAAAGUUUCCAUUUCCAAAAUUCCUCAUCUUAACUCAAGAUGGAAAGUUACCGCAGCUGUUCCACCUUUGGUCACACCGACAUCACGAGCGCUGCAGUUCGUCGUGUUCGCCCAUGUGCCGGCGCACGCUGCGCACGAUGUGCUCCUUGUCCUUGAGGCGGUUGUAGUAGUCCACGAAGAGUCCUUGCGGGCUGACGAGGUAGAUGAGGACGGAGUGGUCCACCAGGUAGUCGCCGUCCUCAUCCGGGGGGCCGCGGCUGGCGUACACGCGGUAGUCGCGGCCCGCCUCCUUCACCUCCUCCGCCGUGCCGGUCAGGCCCACCUGCGCUCGCAAACGGGGAAGGUCGAGUUCAUUUACAGAGAUCACUUCAGACGGACAAUUUGGGGAAUAUUCCAAGUUCAAAUUUAGCGGGGAACUUCAGGGAUAGCCUUCGUGUUCACGCGUUUAUGUGAGGGCAUUAUUUUAUAUUUUUUACAAACUCAAAAUUUUGGCCGGCAACACAAAACAGAACAUAAAUUAACAUACAGAAAAAUGGAAUGCUCUUGCACUAGAUGGCAGAAGUUACAUAAUGAACCCUUGUAAUCGCUUAUUGUGCCAUUUUUGUUUGGUGGUGGGCUGUCUAUGAGAUUUGUUUUUGCAUGUAAAAUGCGGUUUGGCUCAAUAAAGGUUGGUAAAUGCACAAA